GCGCAGAGGCCCCGCCUGAGGCGGCCGGGGCCAUAGGGGAGUCUGGGGUGUGGAGCUCUGUCGGCUCAAGCCCCGCGGGAUCCCGGAGCUCCUGCGUCAGGAUUUCCCGCAGGACCCCACCCGGAGGCCAGCCACCAUGAGCGGCUCCAAGCCGGACAUCCUGUGGGCACCGCACCAGGUGGACAGAUUCGUGGUGUGUGACUCAGAGCUGAGCUUGUACCAGGUGGAGCCGGCGGGCAGUUCCGAGCUCAAAGCGGGCUCCUUGAGGUUGUCGGAGGACACGGCGGCCACCUUACUGUCCAUCAACUCGGACACCCCCUACAUGAAGUGCGUGGCCUGGUACCUCAGUUACGACCCCGAGUGUCUGCUGGCUGUGGGCCAGGCCAACGGCCGGGUGGUUCUCACCAGUCUUGGCCAGGAUCACAACUCCAAGUUCAAGGAUUUGAUAGGAAAAGAAUUUGUCCCCAAACACGCCCGCCAGUGCAACACCCUGGCCUGGAACCCGCUGGACAGCAACUGGCUCGCUGCCGGCCUGGAUAAACAUCGGGCUGACUUCUCCGUGCUCAUUUGGGAUAUCUGUAGCAAGUACAGUCCAGAAGCCACGGUUCCUUUGGAGAAAGUAAGGCUUUCAGCAGGCGACGCCGAGGCUGGGCUGGUGGUCACGAAGCCCCUCUAUGAACUGGGGCAGAACGAUGCUUGUCUGUCUCUCUGCUGGCUGCCCCGAGACCAGAAGCUGCUCCUUGCCGGCAUGCAUAGGAACCUGGCCAUCUUUGACCUCCGGAACACGAGCCAGAAGAUGUUUGUGAACACCAAAGCUGUCCAGGGAGUGAUGGUGGACCCCCAUUUCCAUGACCGCGUGGCUUCUUUCUACGAAGGUCAGGUGGCCAUCUGGGACCUUAGGAAAUUUGAGAAGCCCGUCCUGACCCUGACGGAGCAGCCCAAGCCUCUCACCAAGGUCGCCUGGUGCCCCACCAGGACGGGGCUGCUGGCCACCCUCACGAGAGACAGCGACAUCAUCAGGCUGUAUGACAUGCAGCACACGCCCACGCCCAUCGGAGAUGAGACCGAGCCGACCAUCAUCGAGCGCAGCGUGCAGCCCUGUGACAAUUACAUCGCAUCCUUCGCCUGGCACCCCACCAGCCAGAAUCGAAUGAUCGUGGUGACUCCCAACCGAAUCAUGUCUGACUUCACCGUGUUCGAACGGAUCUCACUCGCCUGGAGUCCGGUCACCUCCUUGAUGUGGGCCUGUGGCCGGCAUCUCUACGAGUGCACCGAAGAGGGGAGCGAUCCUUCUCUAGAAAAGGACAUUGCCACCAAGAUGCGCCUCCGGGCUUUGUCCCGCUAUGGCCUCGAUACCGAACAGGUCUGGAGAAACCACGUGUUAGCUGGAAAUGAGGACCCUCAGCUGAAAUCCCUCUGGUAUACGCUGUAUUUUAUGAAGCAGUACACGGAAGAUUUGGACCCGAAGUCUCCAGGCCACAAAGGGCCGCUGGUUUACGCAGGCAUUAAAACCAUCGUCAAGUCAUCUUUGGGCAUGGCAGAAGGUGGCAGCAGACACAGCUGGAGUGGGGUGUCCGAGAAGCCAAACGAGGGCCAGAGUCUGAGCGAAGAGAGAAUCUUGGCCUUACAGCUCUGUGGCUGGAUCAGCAAGGGAACAGAUGUGGACGUGGGGCCCUUCCUCAGCUCCCUCGUGCAAGAGCAAGAGUGGGAGCGAGCCGCCGCCGUGGCCUUGUUCAACCUGGACAUCCGGCGCGCUAUCCAGAUCCUGAACGAGGGGGCGUCCUCAGAGAAAGGCGACCUGAACCUCAAUGUGGUAGCCAUGGCGCUGUCAGGGUACACGGACGAGAAGAACUCCCUGUGGAGGGAGAUGUGCAGCACUCUACGUUUACAACUCAGUGACCCUUACCUGUGUGUCAUGUUUGCCUUCCUGACCAGUGAGCCUGGCUGCUACGAUGGCGUCUUGUAUGAGAAUAAAGUGGCGGUACGAGACAGGGUGGCAUUCGCCUGCAAGUUCCUCAGUGAUGUUCAGUUAAAUAGAUACAUCGAAAAGCUGACCAAUGAAAUGAAAGAGGCUGGAAAUCUAGAAGGAAUCUUGCUGACGGGUCUAACAAAGGAUGGAGUUGAUUUAAUGGAAAGUUACGUUGACAGAACUGGAGACGUCCAGACUGCAAGUUACUGUAUGCUACAGGGCUCUCCAUUAGAUGUACUUAAAGACGAGAGGGUCCAGUAUUGGAUUGAAAACUAUAGGAAUUUGCUAGAUGCGUGGCGCUUCUGGCACAAGCGAGCAGAAUUUGACAUUCACAGGAGUAAGCUGGAUCCCAGUUCCAAGCCCUUAGCACAGGUGUUUGUGAGCUGCAAUUUCUGCGGAAAGUCCAUCUCCUACAGCUGCUCAGCCGUGCCCCACCAGGGCCGGGGCUUCAGCCAGUACGGCGUGAGUGGCUCCCCGACCAAGUCCAAGGUCACGAGCUGUCCGGGCUGCCGGAAACCCCUCCCGCGAUGCGCGCUCUGCCUCAUCAACAUGGGGACGCCCGUUUCUAGCUGCCCAGGAGGAUCCAAGUCGGACGAGAAAGUGGACCUCAGCAAGGACAAAAAGCUCGCUCAGUUCAAUAACUGGUUCACGUGGUGUCACAACUGCCGGCACGGCGGCCACGCCGGCCACAUGCUCAGCUGGUUCAGGGACCAUGCUGAGUGUCCUGUGUCUGCAUGUUCCUGUAAGUGUAUGCAGUUGGAUACAACAGGGAAUCUUGUCCCUGCAGAGACUGUGCAGCCCUAGCCUGUAAACCUUCAAGGAGGGCUUUCUGGCAGGGCUCCCCCACCAUGAACUUUGCCUCCCAGAAGUUGGAUGUCGCCAUGAGGUUGGGCUGCUUCACAAACCCUCCUGCAGGGAGUGACCAGCCUCUGUCCUCAGGCAACCCAUUGACUGUCUGAGGCAGUUCAUUUCAGAAAUCCUUGUAGAAAUCCAGAAUGGCUCCCGAUCACAUGACAUAGGUAGGACCUUGACCUUGUCAUGGGGAGGUAGGAAAUACUUCAUUAAGGUAUGUAGAGUUUCCAAAUGUGUGACUCAUCCUAUAGGUCUAAAUCCUUCAUCAGAAGUGGCUUGUAAGUUUCUGGGGGAGUCUGGUUCCUUCCUCUUCCGUGUCAUUAACUACCCCCCCCACCCCCCCAUACACACACACACACACACACACACACACACACACACGCACAGCUGCAAACAAGGACUGAAUGUGCCAGUGGAUGAUGGGCAUCUACUCACAAGGGCCCCCCUCCACCAGCCACAGUCACCAUUCAGUUACAUGUUUUCAUCUCAAGGUGAUGAAAGUCACCCAGUUUGUACUAUCAGUUUACCAGAGGGGGAUAGAGAGCCCCACAUUUAGCAUACUGCCCCAAACUUAACUUCUCCAUGUGAUCUGCCGGUUGUCACAUGGGAACGUUGCCUUCGCAGUGUGACUGACUCCAACUCCACAGUUCCCCUCUAUCCGUGGUUACGACUGAAUGCCCAGGGCGGCCCUCUUGCCUCCUGUGUGCAGCCAGCUCCUGACCUUUGCUCUGGCAGGGCCCCAGGUGGGUCUUCUCCAGGUCGACCCACCACUUCAGAGGCAGCAUCUCAUGCCAUAGAGAAGCCUGGAGAGACCCAAGAGAAGGAAGAGGCCUGGCUCUCCAGGGGCUGAUUCCUGCAAAUGUGCUUCCUGUUUAGGCCAUGCCAAGGCCUAGGACUCCAUCCAGCUGGGUGCAGUGGUUUGGUUUCUUCUGUAUUUGUGUGUGUGGAGGGGGAGUGGGUGGAGAAUCGGCUGAAUGAGCCUUUGCUGAGCCAAAGCCGAGGCCCAGCCCAUCACCGCUGGCACGGAGAAUGAUGGAGCACGAGUCUCAGACUGACUGUUAGAGUCGCCAUUGCAGGUCCAGUGGCUUUAGAAACCCGGCAGUGAGCUGAAGGUGUUUGGCGAGGCAGGGGUGGUGAGGGUCUGGGCUUCGGGCUGGGACAGCUGGUGCAGAGGAGCUGACCGUGUGCUAAUGCCUCUGCUCACUGAGGCGACAUUAGGAUUUUAGGUGGUGGAUAUUUAUAAUUUUUGUACAAAAGUGGUUUUGUUAAUAAAGACGAUUUGUUUUAUCGAGUCUUCA